CACCCCACACCCUCCACGGCACCAUCCAACUAUAAGUCCUCCCCAGAGGAGGGGCCCCCACUGCUCCCAGAUGAUGCUCGGUAUGAAGACGGUCCUGCUGCUCCUCGCCAUCCUGGCUGUGGCCAUGGGCCCAGCCCGGGGACUCCGCUGCCACGUGUGCUCCAGCUCCACCAACUGUAAGCAGCCGCAGACCUGCCCAGCCAGCUCCCGCUACUGCAGGACCAUGACCACAGUGGAGCCCCUGUCGGGGAACCUGGUGAGGAAAGAGUGCGCAGAGUCGUGCAGGACCGACAACAGCCAGCAGGGCCAAGUCAGCAGCGGCGUCCAGUCCACCCAGUGCUGCCAGGACGACCUGUGCAACGAGCAGCUGCACGGCUCUGCGUCCGCCCGCACCCUGCUCAGCGGCGCCACCCUGGGCCUGCUGCUGGCCCUGGGCCUCCUCGCCAUCGUGGCCCCCAGCCUGUAACCCCCCAAGGCAAGGGUGUCACCCCUUUCCGCCUCUCUCCUGGGGCCCCCCACAGUCCCCUUUCUCCCUGGCCUUGAUGGGAGUGUCCGAUGCCCAAGGCUCGGCCUGCCCAGGAGGCUGGGCCAGGUCAGGGUGGAGAGCGCCUCCCCCAGGACGGGAGGGUGUGGCCGGCCAGGCACGCGGGAGGGCGGACAGGCCACCCUGGUCCCCUGGUUUUGUACUUGCUCCUUUAUUUUUCUACUUGAGCCUCUGCAAGGAAAUAAAUGAUGUAAAACAG